AUGGGCUUGACCAUCCUGGCUGCUGGCACAAGCAUCCCAGACCUCAUCACCAGCGUCAUCGCUGCCAAGAAAGGCUUUGGUGAUAUGACAGUGUCCAGCUCUGUUGGGAGCAACCUCUUCGACAUCACCGUUGGGCUUCCAGUUCCAUGGCUGCUGUUUGGGGCGGUGUUCCGAGGCGAGCCAUACCAUGUGAACAGCAAAGGCCUGCUCUGCUCCAUCAUCCUCCUUUUCCUCAUGCUGGUAGCCGUCAUCAUCGUCAUCGCUGUGUGCCGCUGGCGCAUAAGCAAGGUCAUGGGCGUUCUCAUGCUCGUCAUCUACGUCAUCUUCGUCGCAGCACCAAACAAAGGACACAAAACACAGCAGCAAGAACAGGAUCUGGAUUAA